UUGCACUGAUGACCUGAUUUAACCCCAAGAUGGCGCCCAGAUCGAAAAAGUGAAACUCGUUUCGUGUUUUCCCUCAAUUUAUCCACCGAACUCGCCGCUAUUCAACACUACUAAGAAGUCUUACCCAAGCGAAGGAUCUGAUAGACUUCCAAGAUGAGCAACAUCUACAUCCAGGAGCCCCCAUCGAAAGGGAAAGUGCUUCUGAAGACGACUGUAGGAGACAUAGAUCUUGAGCUGUGGUCUAAGGAGGCUCCUCUGGCCUGUAGGAACUUCGUACAGCUGUGUCUGGAGGGUUACUACAAUGGGACCGUCUUCCACAGAGUGGUGCGAGGCCUGUGUGUGCAGGGGGGAGACCCCACCGGGACGGGGGAGGGGGGCGAGUCUGUCUACGGCAAACCCUUCAAGGACGAGUUCCACCAGAGAUUACGUUUCGUCAGACGAGGCCUCGUUGCCAUGGCAAACUCCGGACCAAACGAUAACGGCAGCCAGUUCUUCUUCACACUGGACAGAGCGGACCAUCUUCAUGGGAAACACACCAUCUUUGCUAAGGUUACAGGGAAGACUGUGUACAACAUGCUGAAGCUAGCGGAGGUGGAGGUGGACGGAGAGGACCGGCCGCUGCACCCGCACAAGAUCAAGGCCACUGAGGUCCUCUUCAAUCCGUUUGAUGACAUCGUUCCUCGAGAGAUAAUCCGAGAAGAUAAGAAGGAAAAGAAGGAAGAAGCAAAGAGCACGGCGCGAGCCACCAAGAAUUUCAAACUCCUGUCGUUUGGGGAUGAGGCUGAGGAGGAUGAGGAGGAGGUGAAUGCAGUGACAGAGGAACUCCGUCCCAAGGGUAAGAGCAGCCACGACCUUCUGAAGGACGACCCACGACUCAGCUCUGUCCCCGCCGUCCCAACUUCACCCUCUGAUGCAGAUAAUCAGAAGAGAAAGAAGCAAGACUCAGACGACAGUUCUGAGUCUGACCAAGAUUCAGAUUCUCCCGGCGAAGACAAGGAAGCCAUGAAAGAGAAGAUCCGAAAAAAGCUGAAGACUGGCGCCAAUGUCGAGACUCCUGCGAGUGAGGAGAAAGUAGAGACUGAUCAAGACACGAAGAGCAGGAUCGAAGCCCUGCGGGAAGAAACCAGAGCUCUGAAGAGAGAACUUCAGAGAAGACAGAAGGCAAAGCAAGAAGAAGAGGAAGAGAAGGAAAGAAUGAAGGAAGAAGAGAAGGAGGAAAAAGAGGAAGAUGCCCUGGCAGAUUUCCAUUCCGAGCGACAGAAAUACCUGGAGAAGAAACAGAAAGAGAAGAAGAAAGGAGGAUCAAGAGAAGAGCAGACUCUGGCUCUGCUGUCAAAGUUUCAGAACAAGCUUUUCUCUGUGAGGAAGGAGUCGACAGGAGAAGAUGAGGAGGAGGAGGAGGCAGAGGAGGAGGAGACAGAGGAGGAUGAUCAGCCUCUGGGAGACAGUUGGAUGGCUCACAGACUGCACUUCGAGGCAGCACAGGUCCAGGCGAAGGACGCUAAUGUGGUGACAGCUGACAGCUACGACAUCUAUGACCCUCGGAACCCGAUGAACAAGCGGCGUAUGGAGGCCAGCAAACAGGCCAUGAAGGAGAGGGGCAGGAAGACAAGUAGUCUAUAGGUAACAUCUGUGUGAUGGUCGGUUCCAGUUCAACUUUCAGAACAGUUCAGUUCAGUUCUGUUCAAAUGACAUCCAUUUCUGCUAACACCAAGUCCUGUAUGAUAUAUAUAUAUAGCAUUUCCUUGUGAGUUUUUGUCAUACUAUACUGGGGCAGUAUACCUAUUUGAUGUGAGCGAAAUCCAGUCCUUGAUGAAAGAUAGGGAGGAGUGGAGACAACUUUCAAGCUUGGCUCGAGCGGAAGCUUGACCAAAGUAAAGUAAGUAAGUAUACUGGGGUAGCAACAUGCAGGUGAAACCUUCUGACUGAUCAAACUAUGUGUACCAAAGUACAGACAUCCCUCAGAUAAUGUUUUCAUGUUGUUGAUGAUCUUCCAGUUAAUAUGCAGUUUUUAUGGAACUAAAAAUCAUGAAAUUGAAUUUAUAUGACCCAAAGUUUGUUUGCAAUUAUUCGUAUUGGUGGCCGUAAACUUGCCCAAACAGAACUUUUAAAAGUUAAAAGACUCCGCACUCCCCACGUAUCCAUGUAUGUACUAGUGAUGAUUACAGGUCAGAGGAUUAGAUUUAGAGUUGGUAGAAUUUCUGUAAUACUAAAUUGAAAAUUAAGAUGAAUAAAUGAUAUGACUAAUUCUUGUCAUAGAAUCCUGUUGCUGAAACUGUCAUUGACUUCAUUUGUGCUUGUCAAAAAUUAUUAUCCUGAAUGGUCCAUUGCUAAAUGCAAAAGUGUUAAUGAUAUUACAUUAAUUAUGAUUCUUUAUCAAUAUAUGAAGCGUGAAAUCUUGAGAUGAGAGGUUUCAAGCUUUUCUUUUACUUCAAAUACGAUUCCCAAAAUACACAAUGCAAACUUAGUACUGCCAUGCAUUUGCUGAAUAAUUUGUGAGAAAGGUUUACAAAACAGUAGAUUAAAGGAUGGAAUGGAGUUUGUCA